AGAAAAGAUAGCUCACUUUCCGCAGCCCAUCUCUCACAUCCUGCUUCCCCUCCACCCUACCUCCUUUUCUGCCCCCACAAAAGCAAAACAAGUUUGCUUGCUAGCUUGCUAGCUACCUCCAAGCAGAUCGACCAAACCUGGAACUUCUCAAGAACUGCCCUACCCUAGCCUUCUUCCUCCCAAAACAUGCAUAGCUAAAUCUAGCGCCCUUCGCAUCACACAGCUCUUGGCUAGCUAGUAGCUAGCCUCGGUGUGAGCUGAUUGGUAGCUACAGAAUUAUUGAGCGGUUGGUAGCUGCUUGCAGCUUGCAUCCACUAUAGAGGCAGCGAGGGAUCGGCAAAGGGCGCCCUAGCAGCUGCUAGAGCCAUGUGCGACUACUUCCUUCAGAGGAUUGAGGGCGACCAGGCGGGCGGGGACCUCACCGACAUCGUCCGGGCCGGCGGAGCCAUAUCGGGUAAUGCCGAGGUGCCGUCCACGGCCGGCGAGUGGCAGCUCCAGGCGGAGCCGUUGCUCUUCCCGCCGCCUCCGUCGUCGUCGGAUGGCUGCGCCGAGGGUACCGGCGCCGACGUCUUCGGCGGUGACCCUUUCUCUGGGAUCUUGGACCCGUUCAGCAGCGACUACUCGUCAGGCGCCGACUUCUUGGACCCCAUGCCGGACGCGAUGGCCAAGGUCGGCUUCGACACAGCUGUUGGCGGCGGCACCGGCUGCGGAGGAGGAGGUGACGGCGGCGGUGGACAGCUGUUGGACUUGAUUAGGAAGCCUAUCUUGCCGCGGGGGGUGCAGAUGCCGGGGGUUGGCGUGCGGGCGCCGAUGGUGCUGCCGUCACCGUUGUCGCCAAGGGCGAUACGGCCGUACCCGGCGAUGGCCGGCGACAUGGUCAAGCUUGGCAUCACGGCCGGGCAGAUGGCCGGGUGCGCCAUCGACGCCGCUGUCGUCGGCAUGCAGAUGUCGUCGCCUUGUGCCGCCGGCGGGAUCAAGCGCAGGAAGAACCAGGCAAGGAAGGUGGUUUGCAUCCCGGCGCCGACAGCGGCCGGGGGAAGACCCACUGGGGAGGUGGUUCCUUCUGAUCUCUGGGCUUGGAGGAAGUACGGCCAGAAGCCUAUCAAGGGUUCUCCCUAUCCAAGAGGGUACUACAGAUGCAGCAGCUCAAAAGGAUGCUCAGCACGUAAGCAAGUGGAGCGCAGUCGAACUGACCCCAACAUGCUCGUCAUCACCUACACCUCUGAGCACAACCAUCCAUGGCCGACUCAACGCAACGCGCUCGCCGGGUCAACUCGGUCUCACCACGGCAAGAAUAGCAGCAACUCAUCUUCCAAGAGCUCACAGAAAGAAAAGCAACAGCAACCAAAUGUUAAGGAAGAGCUAAAGGAUCAGGCCACGACGACAACCACUAGUACAAUUACUACGAGAACUAGUACUUCCCCAGUAGCCGUUGUGAAAGAGGAGACGUUGGCAGGAUCAGAAGCACUGGGGGGAGUCAUAGAUGCAACAGGAGUAGUAGACCACAAUAUUGCACUCAUGGACCAUGUGUUCAGUGAGAGCUACAAGCCGAUGAUACCGGAGGCCGGGCACUCCGACGACUUCUUCUCCGACCUCGCGGGGUUGGAGUCAGAUCCCAUGAGCCUAAUCUUCUCCAAUGAGUACAUGGAACCAAAGCCAAGUGGCGGUGAUCAUGCACAGGAGAAAGCAAUAACCAAGGACUUGGAUCCAUUUGACAUGCUUGAUUGGUCUACUACUUCUUCAGCACGCAGCUCAUUUGAGCAAGGAAAGAGAGGUUAAACCUUUGGCACAAAGCAUGCAUGUCUAAUGCAUAUGUGCACACAUACAUUUGAUCACCAGCUAAUAACCUGAAAGAUUACCACAAGGUCAGCAAGGAAAGAUGAGAGCUUUUUUUCACUUUUCUUUUCCUCUUUUUGGUUAUUUGCUUCUUAUUAUCAUUGUGAGAAAGAUUGAAUUUUCUUGUUCAGGUUUAUAUAUGAACCUUAUUUUUUAA